AGGGCGACAGUCGUCAAAUCGCCAUGUUUGUUACCAGAGUUGGUGUUGUGUGAGUGACCGUGCUGGCCCAAAAGUGUACAAAAAUAGACCGGACUUCUAGCGUUGUUUAGGAUAAGUUAACACGGAUUGCCUCAUCAGAUUAUGACAUCGUCGCCAUCACAACCAUUUGGAUAUGGCCAACCUACAGGAAGCUCACUCAUCCCCUUCUUCCCGUCGGUGUCUCAGCAGCAGCAGCCGGGGGUGCUGCCUGGCGGCGGGGGUUCCCGGGGGGCGCCUUUUCCAGACAUGUUUGGCGCCGACAAGGCGACCAGCUCGUCAUCCUUUGGUGACCUGGGCCUGCGGGGCACGCUCGGGGGUGCGCUGUCUCAGUUCCCACCGUCGGUGGCGAGGCCACCUCCGACGAGUCUGUCGGGUUUCCCCCCUGCGUCCCUGCCACCACCACAGCAGGCAUCACCAAACAGCCGGACCAUGCUGACAAUUGGGUCGAGAGCAUUGCCAGGUCAGAGGCAAGUUGGUCCCGACAUCAACCGGUUAGUAGGUUUGGGAGCACCACCUCGAACAGGGUACACAGACCAGAGUUCAUUAUGGAGGAACAACGUCCCAGCAUCGGGAGGUGGCAUAUCAAGCUUUGGCAUGUCGCACAGUUCUCGUAGCUUCCCUUCAUCACAGUCACUCAUGGGGAACAGUCUUCAGAGCCAGCUGUUCAACUCCAAUCCAGCGUUGGACCUCUCCGAGUUUCCAUCGCUGACGAACCGGGGUUCCCAAGAUGGGUCGGCGCAGUCGUUGAGCAGCAAUCCCAUGGCGGGGAGGGCGACGUACGGCAAACUCUUUGGCAUGGUCAAGCAGCCCAACAACGACUCCAACGAGUUCCACAUCCACAACGAGGACUUUCCCGCGUUACCUGGCUCCCAAGGCCAGGAAAACAAUCAGGACAGCUUAAGUAAACAGACGAGUAAUGCCAGCAGUGAUUCGUCGAAAGACAGCAGUGGCUUCUCUGGGGACAAAGUGGCGUCGCAACCAGUCAAGAGGGGCAUUCAGACGUCAAAAGACGGGACGGUGACGAACAUCCCGGCGGGUAUGGUGACGGACCAGUACGGCAUGGUGGGGCUUUUAACGUUCAUCAGAGCAGCGGAGACGGAUCCCAACCUCGUCUCGCUGGCGUUGGGGAGCGACCUCACGACGUUAGGGCUGAACCUCAACUCUCCCGAAAAUCUUUAUCCCGUGUUCGGAGGCCCGUGGGCAGAACAGCCUUGCAGGCCGCAAGACAUCGACUACCAUGUUCCUUCUGAGUACAUCAUCAACCAGAGCAUCCGGGACAAACUGGCGGGCAUCAAGUUGAAUCGAUACGGCGAAGACUUGCUCUUCUUCAUCUUCUACAUGUUUGGGGGCGACCUAUUACAGCUGCUGUCUGCCGCUGAACUGUACAACCGGGACUGGCGUUUCCACAAAGACGAGCGGGUUUGGAUCACGCGGGCGGGCAUCUCGCCGACGGAAAAGACAUCGACGUAUGAGCGCGGGACGUACUUCUUCUUCGACCCGGUCAACUGGCGGAAAGUCGCCAAGGAGUUUCACCUCGACUACGACCGGCUCGAAGACCGGCCGCAGCAGUAUCCGCCCCUCUGAUUGGCAGACAGCACCCCCUCCAGUUACGCCACCUGUGGCAGCCCGGAACACUCCUACUGGGCCACGCAAACCAGGGCCGGUGCGCAGAAGUCACCCAGAGAGGCGGACCUGACGACGUUGCAAGUGGCAGUGGGAUGGCAGACAGACGACACCACUGCCACCCUGUGGCAGGUUUGGGAAUCACAAGAGGAAACAUGUGGAGCUUGUGGAGACGGUUGUCAGAUGGCAAGAAGAGGCCCUUGUUCCUAACGGGGAGCCUUCGCUGGGGUUUUCUGUGCAAACGACUCUCGUGACGGGCCUGCUUGGAGCAUUCGCAUCAUCCCGGUUGCACCGACGAGUUGGCCACAAGAACACUGCGGUGCUGGAUGUCCAAGGGAGAAUAGAGCAUCUGAUCAGACCGCACAGGAACAGAGGGACCCCCCACCUCCUUUCUCCUCUCCUCGCAGACUCGGCAGGGUCAGUUGUGCGACAAGCGCUCAUCGAUAAAUGUUAAAAGCACGUUGCGACAGCUUCUCAUUCAAGUGUAGAAAGAACGGUAAAGUUUUUCAUUGAGUUCGUGGCUUUUUGCCAGCAACCCUCAUUUGCCUGUAAAAUAACACAUUCCUUCACCAUUUGUGUUGAGAGAAGAGAUUGCCUUUUUUUUUUUGCUGGGCCGAACACUCAAGUGUGCAGUGCCACUGUUUGAAAGUGUCUUUGUUGAUUGCCAAAUGAAAGCAUUGCUCAGGGCCAAUGUGCUGCCCGGAAUGAGAUUCUUGUCCGUCUUAAUUAUAUAUAGAGCAAUUAGGGAGGGUUUUGGGUUUGAUCAUAACUUGAAUUGCCCGUCCUGUGUUAAGUGUCUGCCGACAGAAGUAUUUGUUUGCAGAGUGAUCUAAAUUAGAAUGCAAUGGGGCUUAAUCAACUGUCUAUGUAUAGCCUUCCACCAUUACCGAAAAUUUGGUCAGUUUGGCCUUCUGUGUUUGCGAUUCUUUGUACUGCUAAUGUCGUUCUCAGUGCAAACGCUCUAAUUAGAGGCUCCCGUAAUUGGGAAGUACUGGCGCACAUCAGAAAGGUGCUCGUAGCCAUGCGUCUUUUGGAUCUUCACUGCGCCACAUGUGAAUGUUAGUCUCGUAGAUGACAAAAUGUGAUGAACGAGAAAAGAAAGAGAACAGAGAGGGGAAAAAAAAGUACUGCCCUGCAAGCUUGCUUAGUUACAACACUCACUGCCACGACAAUGUGGAAGCAAUCGCAUAACGUUGGCGCCGUGAUCUGGAAAGUUCCUAGAACAUUCUUCUUUUCUUUUUUGCGGACGCCACCACGUUUCAGGAACCGAGCUUUGGAGAACGCGAAAGCGACGUCGCCACACGUGCACGAGGAAAUUAAACACUGCCGCCCGCAAAUCGCACAUACAGACACACUAAAUGAAAGGAAGGCAGAGCAAGUGGUUGCGGAUCAUGCCUGACUCUAGAGACUGGUUGGAAGGGAAGGGAUGGAGUUAGGGUUUAUCAGCGCUCUCUAGGGGCACCUGACUUCCGCGCACAUGACGGUAGGGUGGGUGCUUGGGAAUGCUGGAUGACAUGCAAGAAAUGCGACGGCACAAGGACCGAGUGAAUAGUUGCUUGUGACUUACUUUCAGCCCCUGUUCUUGGCGCCUUUGUGACAUUGCCUAUAACUAGCCUGUGUUUUUUAAGACUGAUGUAAGGAUCAUAUUCGUUGUUCUUUGUUAACGUUUGAUGUGGUGGAUUUCUGUUUUAUUAGACAGGGUCAGUGUUUUCUCUAUUAUAAUUUUUUUGAGAUGCGUAUUUUUUACAAUUUUUUUAGGAGAGAAAUGUUGCGUAUAGAAAAAACGGUGGCAUUGUGCAGAAAUUGUUCUUUGCUCUUUUUAAAUGUACUUAUAUUUUUGAUAUUUCCUGAUUACCUUUUUUUUCAAUGCUGCGCCUUGUUAUCAUGCAGAGCAAAUGUUCAAGCAUAGCACAGAUUUUGUUUGACAUCUUGAAAAGAAUUCUUCACGAAAGCGUCCAACAAAUACCUGUGGGCUGGUUCGUUUUGAAACGUCUUGUCACAAAGGUCUUAGAUAUUGCGGUUUUGUUGUGAAGCUAACUGUUUUCCCUUGUACAUGUGUAAUGUUUACACCGCGGUUCAGCUUUUUUAUUUCCUCUCUCUUUUUAAUAUUAUAAUUUUUUGAGAAAAGUGAUAUUCGUCGGGCCACUGCAAGGGUGCCAUCCUUGUUUGCACCUGAAGUGAGAUGGCUGCGGCACGGCUUGCGUCGGAUUGCAGCCGAUUGAAAAGUCGUGCGAGGAGGUGUUUCCGCGAGGCUGUCUAUGCAACGAGAGGCCCGUUCAUUGUUCAUGCCAAAAAGAAAUACACAAAGGUGGUGUUGUACAGUCGGGGGGGUGUUCGUUCGUUUGGUCACGGUGUGGCCAGGAGUCAUAACGGCACCAACCAACCCACGGGGAGGAAACGACGGUGCUCCUAGUGUUGAAAGGUAGCUCAUGGGACAAAAACUCAGUGUACAUAAGCCUUCCUUAAUUAUUUUGAAAGUGUACAAAGGAGCGGCCUUCAUACAUAGUGUUGCCAAUAAAAACGAUCUCUAAAGCUGU